AUGGACUCAGACGGGACUCCUUCCCUCCCCGUCAGAGCAAGAACCCAAUUCCGCGUCGUCUCUUCCGCCCAAUUCCGCGUCGUCUCUUCCGCCCAAUUCCGCGUCGUCUCUUCCGCCCAAUGGUUUGCUUCAGUUCGCGCCUCGCUUCCGCUCACUUCAGCUCGCUCCCGACGCCCCCGUCCGCUCCUCCCCUGCCUCGAUUUGGUUCCUUCCCCCAUCGUCUCCAUUCUAUUCCUCCUCGUCCUCGUUCUCUCCUCUCUUCCGCUUUCACCCGCUCGCUCCCUCCGCCCGCUGCUCAUUCCCCGCCUCGACGACCCCUACUCCACCCACGGGGCAGUUCCAAUCUUUUCCGGCCCUGCCCCAACCGCAUUCCUCCGUUUUUUCAACGAGCUGCCCGUGCUCAAGGGCGAGUCUCGAAAGGCGAGUUACCCGGUUACCACUGUUCCCGACUUGGUAACCACGAGCAGUGCUUUGCAUCAAGAGAGCACAUCUGCUACAAGGGUCUCCGGCGGAAAGGGCGGACGGGGCGGAAAGGGCGCGAAGAAAGGGAAGAAAGGAAAGAAGAAGGGCUUUAAGGAAGGAGAGGAGGAAGCUGUAGGGGCGGCGCUGGGGGCAGCAAGGACGGCUGGACCCGCAGUAAGCGCAGCAGCAAGGGGAGCAGCAACUGCAGCAGGCGCAGCAGCAAGUGCUGCAAAUGCAACAGCUACGGCAGUGGAGGCGGAAUUAGGGGCACUUGGGGAGACCUUUGCUUCCGCCAUCGCGCCAUCCCUCGCCAUACCGCCACCUCCAGCCAUAGUACUGCCCUCAAUUCCUCCCAAGCCUCCUGCCGCAGCUGCUUCCAGACCUGCUUCACUCCCACCCAGACCUCCUGCUGCUGUUGCUCCCAGACCUGCUCCGGUCCCACCCAAGCCUCCUGCUGCCACUGCUCCCAAACCUGCUCCCAUCCCUCCCAGACCUCCUGCCGCAGCUGCUCCCAUACCUGCUUCAGUCCCACCCAGACCUCCUGUUGCCAUUGCUGCCAAACCUGGUCCCAUACCUCCUGAAGUUCCUACCACAGCCGCAGCCACUCCAAUUCCUCCCAGACCUCGUGCCACAGCUGCCCCCGAACCUGCUCCGAUCCCACCCAAACCUCCUGCUGUCAUUGCUCCCAGACCCGCUCGGAUUACUCCCAAACCUCCUGCCACAUCUGCUCCCAGACCUGCCCCCGUCCCGCCCACACCUCCUCCUGUCGUUGCACCCUAG